AUAAGGUGCAGCUGGCUCCAGAGGCAGUGCCACAGUCAGCAAACACAGCUGGCCCGAGGAUGACCCAGAAACUCAGCAACACCCCUGCCAGAGAGCUGGACAAGUUCAUAGAGGACCACCUCCUUCCUGACACCAUCUUCCGAACUGAGGUUAAAGCAGCCAUCAACACCAUAUGUGCUUUCCUGAAGGAGAGAUGCUUCCGAGGUGCUGCCCACCCUGUGAGGGUCUCCAAGGUGGUGAAGGGCGGCUCCUCGGGAAAAGGCACAGCUCUCAAGGGCAGGUCAGACGCCGACCUGGUGGUGUUCCUUAACAAUCUCUCCAGCUUCGAAGAGCAGUUAAAGAAACGCGGAAAGUUCAUCCGGGAAAUUCGGGAACAGCUGUAUGCAUUGCAGUGUGAGGGAUGUAUUAGAGUGAAGUUUGAGGUUCAGAGGUCAUGUUUGCCCAACCCCAGGGCACUUGGCUUCACACUGAGCUCCCCCCCACCCCCCCACCCCCGACUUCAACAGGAGGUUCAGUUUGAUGUUCUGCCAGCCUAUGAUGUCCUGGGUCAUGUCAGCACUGACAGGAAACCUGACCCCCAAAUCUACAGAAGCCUCAUCAUUGAGUGCACCUCCCUGAGGAAGGAAGGCGAGUUCUCCACCUGCUUCACCGAGCUCCAGAGAAACUUCCUGAAGGAUCGGCCACCCAAGCUGAAGAGUCUCAUCCGCCUGGUCAAGCACUGGUACCAACUGUGUAAGGAGAAGCCGAAGAAGCGGAAGAAGCGGAAGAAGCCGCUGCCCCCACAGUAUGCCCUGGAGCUGCUCACAGUCUACGCCUGGGAACGUGGGAGUGGAAACACUGAGUUCAACACAGCCCAGGGCUUCCGGACAGUCUUGGAACUGGUCACCAAGUACAGGCAGCUUCGAAUCUACUGGACAAAGUAUUAUGACUUUCAAGACCAAUACAUCUCCAGCUACCUGCUCAGUCAGCUCAGAAGAACCAGGCCUGUGAUCCUGGACCCGGCUGACCCAACAGGGAACGUGGCUGGUUCCAACUCAGAGGGCUGGCGGCAGCUGGCAGAAGAGGCUGCAGCCUGGCUACAAUACCCAUGCUUUAAAAACUGGGAUGGUUCCCUAGUGAGAUCCUGGGAUGUGCCGACGGAAGUUCCUGUGCCACAAUAACAGGUGAACGAGAAUGGGGCAUUCAUCUCCUGUGAGCACAGCAGCAUAUGCCCAGAAGGCUCCAGAGUCAGGGGAUGUGCAGGCCUUGACCAAAGAGGGCAGGAUACUGCCCAAGGCCUCAGGGAGGGAAUGUCCAACCUGGGGUCAGACUCCAGGCUUCCGAUCCCUGCCUGCUAAGUCUUCCAUCCUAUCCAAUCAUAGACAGCUUUCCUCAUAGCCUGCUUCAUCCACCUUAUCCCCUGACAGCGUUCUCUCGGGGACAUGAGAUUCAGAAGGGGAGGGGAGAACUCAAGUUUGACUUCUGUCUCUGCACCUGUUUUGUCCAAUGUCUGAUCAACAAUAAUAAACCACAGCA